AUGGCCACCAUCCGGCGCAUGACCCCCGUCGACCUUUUCUCCCUCAACCUAACCAACCUCGAUGCGCUCACAGAAAACUAUGAUCUCCAUUUUUAUCUCAGCUACUUAAUGAAAUGGCCCUCGCUCUUCAACGUUGUGGAGGACCGAGAUGGCCAAAUAAUAGGCUAUAUUAUGGGCAAGCUUGAAGCACAGCACUCGUCAAUGAGACACUCGGAACACUACACACCAUGGCAUGGCCACAUUACAGUAUUAACAAUUGCUCCGGCUUGGCGGAGAUUGGGACAUGCGCGACGACUGACAGAAAGCCUGGAACAGGCGUCGGAUAUAAAUGAUGCGUGGUUUGUGGAUUUAUAUGUGCGGGCUGGCAAUACGAUUGCAGUGGGGAUGUACAAAGGGAUGGGAUACUCUGUCUUCAGACGCGUGGUUAAUUAUUACAGUGACGACCCGACAGGUAUGUCGGAGGAAGGGGAAGAUGCGUUCGAUAUGCGAAAACCCCUCAGUCGGGACAAAGAUCUCAAACAUACCCGUGAAAACGGAGAGGACUUUUUAGUCAAUCCGGAAGAUGUUUACUAG